UUCAUGCUAUGUUGGCGUUGCAGAACGGCUAUCCAUAAUAAAGUCAGGAGGGGUUGAACGGACUCCGACUUUAGAUCUAUGUUUGAUAUGAGUAGAACUGUCUGCCCUGUAAGUUGACAAACCGAUUACUCCUCAAGUCCGUCCUAGUAUCUCCAUAAUGGCCGCAACUGUGGUCGAAUUGCCUCCUGUAAGGGAGAUGCCAUCAUCCAUUCGAGACCCAGAAACCACAAGCCUGGACGAGACCAUACCACCCCGCUACUCCACCCACCUCUUCGACGAUACAUAUGUCCAUAGCAUCCUCUCCAACCAACCUCCACCACGAUUCUCCCGCGUCUACCCCAAUCCCUCCCCCCUCGAUGACCCCUCAACGAACCCAAAUCAACCUCCACGUUUCUCCCGCCUCUUCCCCCAGAGCAGCCCCACUUCCGUACCACCCUCCGCCUCACUAUGGUCACCCGCAGGAAAAACCACUUUAUCGUUAUCCAAUGCCUAUAUCUACCCACCCGACCACAGUACCCCUCUCUACCGCCUCCCACGUACCCUAACCUGGCCCGGCAAUGAGAUCUCUCUGCAGAUCAGCACGCCCGCCCGGACCCGGACCCCCAGCGAGCCGCCGCAGUACAAGGACCGCAAGCUGUACACGAUGCGCAAGCGACCGUUCACAACCGAAGUCACGCUGCAGCCGCACAAACUGGGAGCCAAAUCCGCGACAGUGCGGAGCAAACGCAGCCUCCUGGGCGGGGUCAGCUGGGAGGUGGAGGUCAAAGGGUCGGGCGUGAUCUGGAAGUCGUCGAAGGGGAAAUGGAAGGAUGCAAGGAAUGGGCGGCUGGUGGCGGUGGAGGGCACGGGGAUGGGGGUCGAGGGGACGGACGUCGUGGUGGUCGAUGAGUUGCACUGCUUGAAGCGGUUCGAUCAGGUCCUCCUCGACCUGAUUGUCGCGGCGUGGUGUACGAAGAUGUGGCAGCGGAACACAAAGGUGCCGUUGAUGCAGACGCUGAUCUGGGGCGGGGGGUUCAUCAAUCCGAUCAGGUCUUCCUCGACCUGAUUGUCGCGGCGUGGUGUACGAAGAUGUUGCAGCGGAACACAAAGGUGCCGUUGAUGCGGACGCUGAUUUGGGGCCGGGGGUUCAUCAAUCGCGAGAUUCCAACCGCCCGCUCGGUCACACGGCAACUCGCGGGGGGCUAAGACGCAUGAGAACUCGAAAACUUCAUUUGAUCUAU